AUGUCGGCAGCAGGUCCAGAGCUCCCGCCACAUCUCCUAGCCAAGAGGAAGCGUCAGCAAGAGGAAGAGGAGAAGAAUCAGCCAACCACCUCUUCCGGCGCAAAUCAAGAGAGCCCCAAGGACAAACGCCAAAAACUCACUGAUUCAGAACUGCCACCAUCCCCUUCGCCAACAACAGCAGGUCCCUCUCUACCGCCCUCAGUCCCAUCAACGACUGUUGGUCCUACCUUACCGCCCUCGGAUCCUCAACCAACUCGUCCCAUCGCCGGACCUGCACCACCACCAGCUCCCCUCGAUGAACGUCCAACGGCACCACCAGACUCGGACGACGAGUCGGAUGAUGACGAUGAUUUCGGUCCAGCUCUGCCAACUGCAGCCGAUCUGAACCCUUCCAUCAAUAACAUCGGGCCCUCAAUACCACAGCCAGCAGCAGCUCCUGUCAGAGCUCAGCGCGACGAAUGGAUGACACUACCACCCCAGCAAGACGAUCUCGCAGCCCGUAUGGAUCCGUCCAAGAUGCGUGCUCGAGGCUUCAACACCGGCAAGAAUGCAAGAGGUGGCAACACAACUCCCGCCGGAGGAAAUAUCGCCGCAGCAUGGACAGAGACACCAGAGGAGAAACUGAAGCGUCUGCAAAACGAGGCAAUGGGUGUAAAGCCAGCUACUGCUGGACACUUUGAUGCUCAAGAAGCAGCCAGGAACAAGGAGAAGGAGGCAGAGGCAAGACGCAUACGCGAACAGACUGUGAGUUCGCUUGUAUCUGCAAUCCUGGAUAAUCAAGCUGACAUAUCACUACAGGACAAAGCAAGAGGACCAUCGUUGAUGGCACAACACAAAGAGUCAAAUCCAGAAAACAAGGAUGACGACCCCAGUAAACGCGCUUUCAACAGAGAGAAAGACAUUGGUGGCAGCUCGCUCGGUCUUGUCGACAAAAGGACCUGCUCAACAAGGCUUCCAACUUUGGCUCAAAGUUCUCCGGCGGUGGCUAUCUGUAGAACCUCAAUAGCCUUGUACACGAAAGCAUGA